AUGCAACGUCAACAACAGGAGAGACGUCGAGCCAAGACGAGGAAAAGGAGGCCCAAGCCGAAUCCGAAGCCCAAGCAGCAGCAGAGGCAUAAAGUAAAUGCGGAAGCUCUUGCUGCUGCCAGCGCCAGUCGAUCCGGCCAUUUACAGCGCGAGAUUCAAGCCGCCAGAACGCGCGAGCUUGCUCGGAAGUGGAAGCGGCGUGCGGGCGCCGACGCCUCACACAAUGCAGCGGCAGAUCCACAAAUCAAGGCCCUGGAGACGCACUUGAACAUGCUCUUCGACGAGUACUGCGACGCGUUCCAGCCGGUGAUGAAGAACGACCCUACCAACAACGGCUCGGCGCAGACCAUCCCGUCGCUCAAGCGCACGCUCAGCGGCGGCGCGGCCAGCAGCGUGGGCCAUGGCCACGCCGGCGGGCUGGCGAGCCACCUGGGCGUGGGCAUGAACAACAUGAACUCGAUCCCGUCCGUGCUGCACGCGACGCCCAGCACGAACCCGCCGCAGAUGCUGCGCGCCGUGACCUCCUCGGGCGUGUACAACCGCCCGUCGGGCAACUCGGCCUUCCGCGCGGGAGGGGCCACGAGCGGCGGCCUCUCGAGCGGCGUGGGCGGCGGCUCCUCCGUGGCCAGCACCAACGUCAGCGCCACGACCGCCACGCGCAGCGUGUCCCAGUCGUCCACCAUGCAGGACUGGAGGAUGUACCUGACCAUCGAGGAGCGCCAGGCCGUGCGCUCCAAGAUCCGCGACGCCUACACGAGUCGCUGCACGACCUACGAGGACCUGCUGCAAGUGGCUUGUGCUAUUGAGGAGGAGCUGCUGCACAUUUCGGCGCCGUCGCGUCUCGACUACUUCAAGAGUGGCUUCGAGUUCGAGAACCGCGUCAAGCUCAAGAAGGACCAGUUGCAGGGCCAGCUCGCCGCGUUGGACGCCAAGCGGCGGUCGUCGGGCGGGCAGCAGCAGCAACAGCAGCAGUCGCAGCAGGGGAGCUCCGGCAGCGGCAACAGUGGCAACAAAGCAGUAGGAUCCGCCAAGAAGCAGAGGAAUUAA